AUGGUAGUGCAUGAGGAUGGUCAGGUGCAGGAAAAGACAAUCCCCAGGAGACUAUCUGCAAAGUGGUUUAUAGUGGGGAAUGGAAAAGUGCACUACCUCCCAUAUUGCCUUCCUUGCCCAGAAAUCUUCUCCAUGAAACUCCAAUAUACAGAAGAGAAGCUUUUAAUCCAGCUUUUUCCCCAAUUAUUUUAUCAGCAGCCAAGAGCGUUGGCUCCAAAUGUGACCCUGGGUGAUACAGUAGCAGCCAUACAUCCUGGCUAUUUUAAUGUCCCUCAAAGCCAGUUCCCUUAUGAGAGGAGGAGCUCUUCAGCAGCCUGCAUCCCUGAUGGAGAAGGGGACUUCUACUACGGAAGAGCUGUGUUUGGAGGGCUGGUCAAGAAAGUCUGUGAGUUCACCAAGACUUGCCACAUGAACAUCCUGACAGACAAAGCCAAUGGGAUCAUGGCAGCUUGGCAGGAAGAAAGUCAUCUCAACAGGCUCUUCCUCUCCCACAAACCCUCCAAGGUACUUUCUCCAGAGUAUUUAUGGGAUGACAGGAAGCCAAAGCCCCCUGAAAUUCACCUCAUGCAUUUUCCCACAGUUGAUAAGAACUACAAAGAGAUAUGAGAUUGAUCAUCUGAUCCCUGCAGAGAUG